UAGGUUUUGGUUCAGUCUCACCCUUCUGCUACAAUUAUUUGAUUUCAUGGAAGACGACAAGGGGUCUUCUUCCUCCGCCGCCGCACAGGGCGGAACGACGUUUCUGGAAUGCACGGAAUAUAUCCAGAAAAGUUUCAGACAUCCAACAGUGAAUUUCUGAUGGAGAAAUUGGAGGAAUCUGGAUGCGGUAUCGGAAAGAAUUUCAUUAAGGCACCCAUUGCGAGGAGGAUUGCUCCGGUGGAUUCACCAGGGGAUCUGGGAUUGUACUGUGCCAUAAUCACUUGCAAUUUCAAGAUCAAGUGGAGCAAGUGAUGAUUCACGCUUACGAUGACUGUCGUAGUGCUAAUCUCGACUGGAACAAUUGCGCUCAUCAUGCCUGCAGUGAGUUGGAUACAAUGGCUGAGGAUUUUUUGGGAGAUCUGGAAUGGUAUAAUGAAGAUGUGAGAGUACAAGCAGAUCAAGUUGGGUGGCAUGAGGCUGCAAUGAGGCUCAAGCGCAGGUGGUUGAUGGAUCUACCCUUGUCCAAAUCGGAGCAAAAGAGGAUUGACAAAUUACUGCCUCCCAAUGAUAUGAUAUUGCCUGAAUCUUUCCUUAGAAAAGAUGAUGGGGGCUAUGAAGACAUCAGGACUUGUAUCGAGAAGGCUUUUGGAACUCCUAACAGCCAAGAGGAUCCUAUUUGUGACCGAGAUGGUGUAAUAGUACUUAAUUCAAGUGAUGGUUUUCAAGAGGUAUCUUUCCUCUUGGAGGCUAUGACUAAUAAAGGCUUAUGUUCCUUUGCCAGCAUACUUACUGAGGGACUGGAUAUAUUUGAUAAGACAAAUUGGGGUGUGAUGAAUACAAUCAAAGAAUUGCUUCCGAAGGUUAUUGCUGACAAAAAUGAUAUUUCCAGAUCAAAGCUGAAAAGAUGCUCACUACUAUUAAAAGACCUGACUAAUUUUCGGUGUAAUAUGACCAUGCACUUCACUGCGGAAUCCUAUUGUGUAGCUGCAUUCAAGGUACUUGACGAGCUAGAGCAUUUCCCUUCUAGAGCACUAUAUGCAAUGGUUAGGAAGCUGAAAGGUAUCAAAGGACACAUCCCUUGUCCUGUCAUACGACGUACAUACACUAGGGAUCACUUGGCCAAAGUGGUGAGGAGAGAGUUCACGAAGAUGGUAUCAAACAUUGGUAGAGUAGAUGAACCUCCUGAGGAAUUGGUUGGGGCACUUGGAGUUGCAAGCUUAACUUUGAAGCUAAUAAUGAACCGUCCAGUUAUAGGAGACUUCGGGAGAUUUUCACCAGAGAUGGUAGCGUUGCAUAAAGAUAUAGCUAAAGCUAUUCACGUAUUAAACGAACCAAAGGAUGUAGUAAACUCAUCCAAGGGAUUUCACAGCUUACUUGAAUCGAGAAAAGUGCUGAUGAGUAAAGUGCAGCUUUUGUUGGCUCCUAAGUUGAAUUCGUUUAGAGUGCAUAUGUCAAUACAGAAUAUAUUGUUUGAUUACCUUUAUGAGUGCAGUGAUAUGGAGAAUAUCCCCGGGUGUUUGAUAGAAUCUCUUGACAUAAUCAAUAAUAGACCUCAACUUGGGUCUUCCAAAAAGAGUUCUUCUAAAGUUUUAUCAUCUUCCAAAGAGUUGAUGAAAGAGGAAAUAGAAAAGGAGGUGCAACUUCUCCUAAAUAUCAGUGCUCAAGCCAAAGAAGUUGUAGCGAACUUGCUUCCAGAACAUGAAUUUGAUGAAGAAUUUGCUCGUGCAUACAUGGAGGAUUUCCAUGGAAGCGAUUCUCGUUGUGUUAUUUAUGAUGAUCCGCAAAUGGAGGAUGAUUCGCAGCAUUUUGAAUUUCAUUCUUGUAGUUCAUAUGACCAAACAGAAAGUAUUGGGGAGACAAACCCAGAAGAGUUCAAUUUACCUGUUCGCAGAAGUAAAAGAAAUAAAUGCUUACCCCCGUCUCCCAAUAGUCAAUGCUUGGGGAAAGAGUUUCCACCGGAAUGUAAAACUGAGGAAUCAAAACCUGCUUGCUCUGAUUCCACGAAAGUGACAACUAAACCUCGUAUGUCUUUUCUGUCUCCCUCUCCUGCCAGAAAAUCAAGCCACAUUGAAUAUAAAUAUGAAGAAGCUACAAGUUGCUCUCCAGGAACAACUAAAAAUGGAUUUUCUGACAUCAAAGUAGAAGAAACAGAUUUUGUUGAUCAGCAGAGCAAGUCAGUUAAUGGAUACCUUGAGCUCCAAGAAGCAUGUGAUGCUACUAGUAUUGCUGCCUAUCAUUUUGUGGGUUACAUGCUGGACACACUAGCCAAUACCGAAGGUAUAGAACUGUACAAAGAUGAUAGAUUAUAUCUACGUAGCCGUACUCCAGUCCUUGAAGAUACUGAAGAAUUUUCGGACUCUGUGGUGUCCAUGUUCUCUGAAAUGUGGAAGAAUGCGCUUGAGUUGUAGGCCUUUACAAGUCUGUCAGUCACAAAAUUGUCUUGUCUACCCAUGAGGAUACCAGUGCAUACAUAUCAUGAAAUCAAGGACCAGGGUUUACUAUGGAAGCUGUGAAGUUACAAUCCUGGGAGUUUGUUAGGAUGCAAGAACCAUGAUUCGAGCUAAUCAUCUGAGUGGAAACUGCCAUUGUAAAUAUGAGCUUCUCCGUGGUUAUGUAAAGAUGAGGGAUCAUGAGCCUGAAUGUGUGAAGCGAAGAGCGAUGCAGUCGUUAACUGCAAACCCAAACUGCUCCGGAGUAGCAGCAAAAGAGGCGAUUGAAGCUGUGUGGAGUACUUGUUAUAACGACACGACAGAGCUCCUUGACAUGAAUGUCGCUUGAUGAUUUCUCACUUCUCGUCGGAAAUUAUAAUGUUUUUCUUGCUAUCAGCAUCAUUGAUGAUGUAAAGUUCUUGGUGUACUAUGUGAUAAUAAAAAUCACAUGCUAAAGGAGUAUGUUAAUUGCCAAAACUCAUAAAUUGUUGACAUUAUUUGGAGUUUCGAGCUUAUGGUAGCAAUUACAUAUGCUAAUCAUUUUUUUGUUUCUGGCA